UUCAGUUCAAAGUACCUCACCACACAAAGUCGGCAUCGGAGGUACAUGGUAGCAAAUAUCUGCUAAAAUUAGGCUGUGCAUAGGUACCUAGUACCGAUCUUCCUAGGGACCUCACCUAGCGACCUCACCUAGCGACCUAGGUACUUCCUGAGAGACACACUGUUGACACCCGGUUGGCAGUCAAUUUCGUCCCGCGUCCAUGUACUAUGGCACCCGUCCCAAGCGUGGAGGUACCUACAUCCAUAGCCUAUCUACAGAUACAUUAUAGGCACCUGAGGCAUUGGUAAUUUAACACCGUCUUUUUUUUUUCAACCAACGACCGUCAGCCCGACCCGGUCCAUCACGAUCGCUUCGUCAACCUCGUUAUCCUUCCAAUCUGGCAAUCCUGUUCCUCUUCAUAGACGACCUUGUCGGCCCCCUGCUGGCGAGCCGGUGCCAGGACGACCUCGCGCGAAUCCGACCUUGACUCCCUCAAUGGCCCGUGCUAAUUCUUGAUAUUUUUUCUAAACUUAACUCCCGCCCGACGUCUUGCUCUGCACGCCGCCAACCUUCCUGGCGGUCCUGGUCCGGUAGAUCCCAUCUAUCCACGAUGGCGCGCCCUCUAGGGCCAGUCCGUCUGCGGAGGACAAACUACGUCACCCUAUUCAUCGGCGCCGUGCUAUGCGUCUUCAUCAUUUACUUCCUCACUGCCUCGAGCUCGCAACCCAGUAGUGCAAGCCGGAUCCCUACUCCUACCCGUAAGCCUACCUCGAAGUCGAGUCUCAUCGCCGACCGCCCGCCCGUGCGACGCUUCAACCUCAACAACGUUACCAUUACCGCCGACCCCAUCGGGAACCGCGAGGCCGUCCUGAUUCUCACGCCCAUGGCCCGGUUCUACCAGGAAUACUGGGACAAUCUGCUGAAGCUACAAUAUCCCCACGACCUCAUCACCCUCGGCUUCAUCUUGCCGAAGAAUAAGGAGGGAAAUGCGGCGACGACCGCGCUGCAGGCCCAGAUCACCAAGACGCAAAAGGGGUCCGUGAAGGACCGAUUCCGAAGCGUCGUCAUCGAGCGGCAGGACUUCGACCCUCCCCUGACAUCGCAGGACGAGGGCGAGCGGCAUAAGAUGCAGAAUCAGAAGGCCAGACGCGCGUCGAUGUCCAGGGCACGGAACUCGCUACUCUUCACAACGCUCGGGGCUGACACCUCGUGGGUAUUGUGGCUCGACUCCGACAUUAUCGAGACGCCGCCUACCCUGAUUCAGGAUCUUGCGGCCCACGACAAGCCCAUUAUCGCGCCGAACUGCUACCAGAGGUAUACCGACCCCGAGACGGGAAAGCCGGCAGAGCGGCCGUACGACUUCAACAACUGGCAAGACAGCCCGACCGCGCAGGAGAUCGCCGCGAAGAUGGACCCCGAUGAUAUUCUCCUCGAGGGCUACUCCGAGAUGGCGACCUACCGGGCGCUGAUGGCAUACAUGGUGGAGCAGGUGGAGCAGGUUCACCUCGAAGUGCCGUUGGACGGCGUCGGUGGCACCGCGUUAUUAGUCAAGGCGGACGUCCACCGGGACGGUGCCAUGUUCCCGCCCUUCCCCUUCUACCAUCUAAUCGAGACGGAGGGAUUCGCGAGGAUGGCGAAGAGGCUAGGCUGGCAAGCUACCGGGCUACCCAACUAUAAGGUCUACCAUUAUAACGAGUAGAGCGACGGAAACGGGGGCCAACACGCGACUCGACGCUUUCCAUCGUUGUCCUAACGAGAUAUUGUAAUCUGCUACGAGUAUCGGACUAUUAUUGCAUUCCAGGGACGAAGAGUUCGACCAUUCCCUCCUCCCCCCCCCCUACAAACAUACCGUAUCAUUUUCUACGAGCUAAGCAG